AGGGAAAUUUUGCCGACACGAAAUUUAUGCCACGCACGAUGACAUCAUCGAUCUGGACAAAUUGUGAAUAUUGUGUGUGAACAUUUCUCUGAUUCAUCAAAAAAUGCUGGAGUAAAUUGUGUAUUCCCAUAUGCUUGUGAAUAGAAGAAUAACAAAAUGUCUUAUCCGUACCACAUGGAGUCUGAUGACUCCUUUGAUUACCUUUUUAAGAUCGUUUUGAUUGGUGAUGCCGGUGUCGGCAAAACUUGUGUUGUUCAGCGGUUCAAGUCCGGAACUUUCCUCGAGAAACAACACAGCACUAUCGGCGUGGAUUUCACAAUGAAGUCACUCACCGUGGACGGCAAAAAAGUCAAGCUACAAGUAUGGGACACAGCAGGCCAGGAGCGGUUCCGCACCAUUACCCAAAGUUAUUACCGCAGCGCUAAUGGCGUCAUCAUCGCAUAUGACAUCACCAAGAAGGAAACGUUCAAUAACGUACCACGCUGGAUUGAAGAUGUGCACAAGUACGCGGGAAACUCGGUCGCCCAAGUUUUGAUAGGAAACAAGAAAGACUUGGACGAACUGAGACAGGUAGACUUUGAGGAUGCCCAAGCCAUAGCGCAGCACCACGGCAUGUUGCAAUGCCUGGAAACCUCAGCCAAAGACUCCACUAAUGUAGAACAGACAUUCGCCCUCCUGGCGCAAGAACUGAAGCGACGGCACGCGGGCGGGGCUGCAUUGGACGGAGGCGACAGUUUAAAACUGAACUACAAUGCUAAGAGAGUGGAUGGGUGGAACUGCUGCGGUUGAUGCUUUGACCUUUGACGGAUCUGCGGUGACCUCUGGCACAUCAGUGGUGACCUUUGACACAUCAGUGGUGACCCCUUACACAUUAGUGGUGACCUCUGGCACACCAGUGGUGAACUUUGACCCAUCAGUGGUGACCUCUGAUACAUCAGUGGUGACCUCCGACACAUCAGUGGUGACCUCUGACACAUCAGUGAUGACCUCCGACACAUCAGUGGUGACCUCCGACACAUCAGUGAUGACCUCCGACACAUCAGUGAUGACCUCCGACACGUCAGUGGUGACCUACACAUGAGUGGUGACCUUUGACCUGGUACUGAAUUUCAACAUGGCUGCUGAUCCUUUCAUGGCAUUGAUGUUCUGUCAUAUUGAUGGUGACCUUUGCCAUAUGUGAACUUUGACAUGCUGGUGAUGACCUUUUGGCGCCCUCUAACAUCAAGAAGAGAAAUUUGUUUAUUCUAAUGAUGUACAUAAAAAUACUGUACCGGUCACAAGGCUAGUUGAAAGUUUAUUAUGGGAUGUUCUGGUGUAUUAUGGUUAGGCCUACUUUAAGUUCCAUGCUUUCUUGUAGAAGACAGUCUAAGAGUAAGAGGUCUACGCGCAUUGCUCUUUGGAAAAAAUGGUCCCAAUUUAUGAUCAAGGAUAUGGAGAGAAAGAGGAGUUUCUUGGGGACCAGUUGGCUUGAGAAACUCCAGCUCCAAUGCUCAUCGGAAUUUCAACAUUUAACGCUGGAUACAAACCUAUGUUGUACAUAGCGGAUCGAAAAUGUCGGAGGCCGUGAAACUUGGCCUCAACACGGCCGCCGAAAUCAUCAUA